GAGGACCUUUCGGAGGCAGAGGACGAAAAUUCCAGCUCCGUUUCUCCGGAUCACUUUAAAAAUAUGUCGCUCCAGCAGGACAUGCGCAAGAUGAACAUGAGAAACUACUCGGAGGGGGCUGCUGGGAUCGACGGUCGUGAAGAUCAUGGAGCUGCUGCGACAGCUGAUUACUCGUCGAAAGCGAGGACGAACUCUCGUGGUGUUGAACAAGAUGAAUUACCCGGUGGAGCGGCAAAAUCUUUAUCCUCAAUAAAUAAAAAUCCGAGUUUGGUGCAAAAGGCAAAUCGUCCGCAGUUCAGCCUGCCCUUCCAGAAGGUGCAGAACAUGCCCCCACAGGAACCCGACGUGAUCACGCCUAUACCCAUGUCGGGCGUGCACAGUCGGCGGGCCGCCGCCGCCGCGCAACUACAACAAGCCGGAGCAGGAGGUCUGAAGCAGC